GUGAUAUUCCGGAGAAGAGCAUGUGUAUGUGUGGGGUCUGUGUUCAAAAGUAGCAAGAAAGUGGUAGUGCUUGUGCUUGUGAAUGAGCAGGAUGGCUGUUAUUUCAGUCAAUUUCAGGGAGUUUCAGGUGAAUGACAGGGAUGGCAAACUACAGGAUGGAAAGCCUGGGUUGGAAGGCGAGAGAUUGGACAGUGGUAUCGAUUCCAUGAAAGAGGCGGAUGGGACCCUGGGCAGUGUCACUGAUCAGCUUGCUGACCUGAAUGUGACCAGCGGCAGUGCGGACAGAGCACUCCACAACUGGACAAAGUUCAGGACUGAAGACGACGACACGUUCCUCCAUCUGGCAAUUCUGCACCAGCGCCCAGACAUUGCUAGUUUCCUGUUGUGGUCUGAGCCAUCCAUUACUGACGUCUGCAACAGGUCCCGACAGACACCUUUGCAUCUGUCAGUGAUCAUGAGGAUGCCGGGAGUGACCAGGGAGCUGGUACAAGCUGGGGCCGACCUGAGGAGUUUGGACAGCUUUGGGAAUACCCCAUUGCAUCUGGCCUGCGAGCAGGGAGACCUGGACUGCAUUAAUGUGCUCCUUGAUCCGAUGGGCACUGGCAAGGCCACACAGCAGCACCAGGCACAAGAUCUGGAAUGGCGUAAUUACUGCGGUCUCACAUGUCUUCACAUCGCAGUGAUGAAAGGGAAUUGUGAAGUAGUGGCACGAUUGCUACUUUCAGGAGCCAACAUUAAUGCUCAGGAAUCGAACAGUGGGAGGACACCCCUGCACCUGGCGGUUGAGUUUCAGCAUCGGGAGGUGAUGCAGCUCCUCAUUGAGCAUGGCGUGGAUGUCGAUCGAUUAACGUAUAACAGCUGCACAGCCUUCCACCUGACAGCGGGCCGUCCCGAUCUCUGGAUCCGGGAGCAGCUUUCCCAGCUCACCAACUCCUCACUGAUCCCGCUCUGCGAAUCCUCUGAUUCUGAAUCUGAGGCAGACUGGGAUGCCCGGUCGGAUUGCGAGAUGCCUCUGGACUACGAUGAUCUUCAAAUCAGAGGCCUUUCCUUCCAUUGAUCACUGAAUAUAAUCAAAGCUGUCCAUCAACAUGUGUUCCAACUGAGACAAUGAUCGUGUCAUUGAAGGGGAGCUUACAAACAGAUUAUGCUUACAGCGUCGACCUCUUCUCACCCCGUGUCCCACACACCCAUUCCCAUCCUUCCGCAGAUCCUCCGGAGAUUCGGCUGCCAGGAGGACGAGUCACCACGAGCCAGGAUGCUGACUGUAUCAAACAGAGCACCGUGUAGCUCACUGUACCUUCAAAAACCAGCACUUUUCGAGAGACCAUUGAAAGUGCUGGUGGAGAAUGAGGAAAUGAGGGAAUGUGAAGGACCAGUCCGUGCAGUAAUGAUACAGGAUUAUACAUGAACAUAGGAACCCAGAGGGCAGAAAUGAGCCAGAAACUUGGGACAUUUCCUCUUGCCCUUGUCUCUCUUCGUCAGGACAAGGGGCAAGAGGAGCAUGUUAACUUCUUUUAGAUUAUUGUUGAUAUGUAAUGGGAAUGGGAUAUCCUCUCUUCAUUCCCAUUCAGCCUCACUAUGGCUAAAGCCAUGAAUCAUUGGCCACUGGUGAUUCCUGCCUAACUCAUUACAGACGCAUGGUUUGAGAAAUAACCCCAUGGUUGGGGGCUGGAGCAUUUGUUUUUGAGAGUCACUGAACUUGAAGUUCAGUCUAUGCACAUUAACAGAUGAGAAGAGAGAUUGUGACCAGGGAGGGGGUAGGUGGUUUAAUCCCAACCAGACUCACCCAAGGUUGAGUGAGAGAUUGCACUGGGCCAUAGUGCGAAUGCAAGGCCAACACUGUUAGGUGGUACAAUAGCCCAGAAGGUAUCUUUUAGCACUGAUGACUUUGGGUUCAAAUCUCAUCUUGAGAUGAAGCCUGUUGCUGUUGACUGGAGAGAUAUAGUACAGGAACUGAAGCUGAGAUAUCUCAAGCUAGUUUCUAUUGAGCCUUGGCCCAUGAUGCUAAACUCCCUCCUCACUUGAGGGUGGAUCUCUCAGUGGGAGAAGCUACUCAGACCAGGGUUCAACCCCACAGCAAGUGGGACCAAGGCCUGAAUGACAUGACACAGCUUCAAUUCAUUAACUUCUUCCUAAGAGUU